UACUACAUCAUAGCCACCAACACGGCAACACUAGUAUUUAUAUCUAUAUAAACCCUACUCUUCUCAGGUGUAUCUUCUGACCAAUUUCAUACUCUAUCUUCCUCAAUCUAUCUCUGUUCAUCGCUAUCUGUCUCUCUUGAAAGAACAAAAGAUAUAUAAUUAGUUAUAUUCCAAGCUAAUACAUCUCUAGAUGGAGCAAAAGAUUUUGCUUAAAGUUCUAAUACUCCUUCUGGGGUUCUUUUAUGCCUUGUCUUUGGUUACGGGGACUCCUCUAUCCAGGAGCCUUAAGUUAGAUGACGAAGCUUAUUCAUCAACCAACCAAGAUUCGGUGAUGCAGGGUUUCAUGGAAGAAACAGGCAACUAUGAACAAGUCAUUUUAAAAGGUGAGGAAGAAGGUUUCUUGAUCCAUGGCAGGAUGGUUGCGGAGAGGGCAGACUACCCAGGAGCAGUAGCAAACAAAAACCAUGACCCAAAGCCUCCAAGAACCUGAUCGAUUGUAAAGCAUGGUUACCAUCUUCGUUAGUUAACAAAUUGUUUGUAGUAAUCAUAGUAUUUGAUAAGUAUCACCAACUAAUUAAUUUAUUUAGUUACGCGUGACCUGUUGUAAGUUUGUUCUUUGGUUAACACUUAUUACUAAUGGAAUGGUGUGCAUUUUUGUCUCC